AUGACCUCCCAAAUCCGUAUCAUCUCCCGCCCCGAAAUCGCCCACCUAAUAUCCCACGGUCAUAAAAUAUUCAUUUUAGAUGGAUCCGUCAUAAAAGCCGACGCAUGGCUGCCCUUCCACCCCGGCGGCGAAAAAUCAAUCAUGCAUAUGAUUGGUCGCGAUGCCACAGAUGAGAUAAACGCGUUGCAUUCAGAAGGGGCGAGGGAGCGCAUGCGGAAAUAUGUAAUUGGGAGGAUUGAGGGGAGGUGGGAGAAUUUGGUGCCGCCGAUACAGGGAGGAAUGUAUAGAGCGGGGGUAGUGCAAGAAGCGGGAGAGAGGGAUGAAGUGUUAGAUAGGGGAGAAGAAUCGAGGUUUCCGGGGGAUGGAAUACCGGGAUUGCUGGGUUGUGAUGGGGGAGGAGGAGGGAAGGGAGAUAGUUUGCGGUUGAGAUGUAUAGGUGCCGAGAUGCAGAGUUCUCGUGCUCCAUCUUCAUCUUUUUCAUCUUCUCUAUCCUUGAUGAAAAUGGAACUAGAAAAGGAAAAAGAAAACCCACACCUCACAUCCCUAGAAGCCCUAACAGCGCACUCCAUAUCCACCGAUCUCUCCAAAUACCCUCUCUUGACCCCAAAUCCCAAGAUGAGAUUAUCUUCCAAUAUCGCCAGCUCGAUCAAAACUUCGUUCCGAAGGUCUUUAUAA